AAUCAAAAACCCUAGCUGUUCUUGUUUCUAAACAUUUUCUUAAUUUCGCGCCGAGUACGAUUACAAUGCAGAGACACGAUGAUGUUCACUUCUCUUCAUCUUCUAUCAGAAUCCAUUCGUCUUCUCAUGACCAGUCUUUCCUCGCCAAUCUCCAAUCCUGCUCUAAAACCUUAGCCUCUCAGCUCUCAACUACUCGACUCUCGCUGGGUCGACUGCUUAAAUCGCUGAAGAAUCGCCACAGUUCUCCACGUUUUACCCAAAAUCGACCCAACUCACCGACUCAGAUGCUCAAUUCAAUCACACAGCUUAUGAUUGGGAAGUCUUCGCUGGCCCCCUCAGUCUCACUGUCGCUAAUCCAUCCUGCACAAUCGAUUUGGUCUGACUCUGGAGCUGACAAUAAAGGUUUAACCGCCGGAAUAAACUCGCCUCUGCUUUGCUGCGCCUCUUUGUCUCUAACUAGGCCAAGUGAGUCGACUCAGUCCGUGGAGGGGAAGGAUGUAAUACAGCAGCAGCUUCAGAAGGGUCACUCGGUGAGUCGGAACGCGGAGGAGCGAGUUCUGAUUAGCGAGGUCUUAGUAAGAACGAAGGAUGGAGAGGAACUCGAGAGGAAGGACUUGGAAAUGGAGGCAUUGGCCGCUUUGAAGGCUUGUCGAGCCAAUUCAGCGUUAACCAUUCGCGAGGUACAAGAGGAUGUACAUAGGAUUAUAGAAAGUGGGUACUUCUGCUCUUGUACUCCUGUUGCUGUUGAUACACGCGACGGGAUCCGACUGAUGUUUCAGGUAGAACCAAACCAAGAAUUUCGUGGGUUAGUCUGUGAAAACGCAAAUGUUCUUCCUUCGAAGUUCAUACAGGAAGCUUUCCAAGAUGGAUUUGGGAAAGUGAUUAAUAUUAAGAGACUGGAGGAAGCUAUUACAUCGAUCAAUGGCUGGUACAUGGAGCGUGGUCUUUUCGGAAUUGUUUCUGAUAUUGAUACGCUUUCUGGAGGUAUAGUAAGGCUUCAAGUUGCUGAAGCAGAGGUUAACAACAUAUCCAUCCGAUUCCUUGAUCGUAAGACUGGCGAGCCAACUAAAGGGAAGACAAGGGUUGAGACAAUACUACGGCAGCUUACAACAAAGAAGGGACAGGUCUACAGCAUGCUUCAAGGGAAGAGGGAUGUAGACACCGUGUUAGCAAUGGGAAUCAUGGAAGAUGUUAGUAUUAUUCCUCAACCUGCAGGAGAUAGUGGGAAGGUUGAUUUGAUAAUGAACUGUGUCGAGCGUCCCAGUGGAGGCUUCUCUGCUGGUGGUGGGAUAUCUAGCGGGAUCACAAGUGGCCCCCUAUCAGGACUAAUUGGAAGCUUCGCUUAUUCCCACCGUAAUAUACUUGGAAGAAACCAGAAGCUUAACGUUUCCUUAGAGAGGGGUCAAAUUGACUCUAUAUUUCGUAUAAACUACACUGAUCCAUGGAUUGAAGGAGAUGACAAGAGGACAUCUAGAUCUAUUAUGGUCCAGAAUUCAAGAACACCGGGGAAUCUUGUUCACGGUAACCAGCCAGACAAUGCCAAUCUCACAAUUGGUCGGGUUACAGCAGGUAUUGAAUACAGUAGGCCAUUUAGACCAAAGUGGAGUGGUACUGCUGGACUUAUUUUUCAGCAUGCUGGUGCUCGUGAUGAACAAGGAAACCCUAUUAUUAAGGACUUCUAUAGUAGCCCUCUAACCGCAAGUGGUAAGACCCAUGAUGAUACCUUGCUCGCUAAAUUCGAAAGCAUUUAUACUGGCUCAGGUGACCAUGGAUCAACGAUGUUUGCGUUUAACAUGGAACAAGGGCUUCCUGUUUUACCCGAAUGGUUAUUUUUUAAUCGAGUGAAUGCUCGUACCAGGAAAGGCAUACACAUUGGACCAACUCGUUUUCUAUUUAGUCUGUCUGGUGGACAUGUGGUGGGAAACUUUUCACCUCAUGAAGCAUUCGCCAUCGGUGGAACAAACAGCGUAAGAGGUUAUGAAGAGGGCGCUGUAGGAUCUGGUCGAUCAUAUGUAGUUGGAUCGGGGGAGGUCUCUUUCCCAAUGAGAGGACCCGUCGAGGGUGUCCUUUUUACGGAUUAUGGUACUGAUCUGGGAUCAGGACCCACCGUCCCAGGUGAUCCUGCGGGAGCUAGGCUGAAACCGGGAAGUGGUUACGGGUAUGGUUUUGGGGUGCGUGUUGAUUCUCCGUUAGGGCCUCUUCGCCUUGAAUAUGCAUUCAACGAUAAACACACCGGAAGGUUUCACUUUGGGGUUGGCCACCGGAACUAAACUUCCUAGAUUCUAACAGUGUUUUCUUCUAUAUGAUGUCUGUUUAUUUUGAUCAUCUAUAUCAUCUCUUUAGUUAACUCAAUGUUUUAUGUCGUGUAGUUCAUUUUACCAAACUACAAGAUUCAUUGAAAAAUAAGUUAAAUAUUUUUAUGAUAAUUUUUUGUUAGAAUGUAAA